UCAUGUCAAAUUUGGCGAACUAAGUCAUAUAUAUUUCUUACUAGUAUUCUGUGAUAAAUUAUUUUUAUUUCUAAAUUACAAUGAUUUUGAAAAAGCAACUUAAAUUCUGUGUUUUAUCUCUAUGAGAUUAUCUCUAACUUUAUUAUUUCGAAAAGCACCCCAUCUUCGUGAUAGGAAUAAAAAUUGUAUGACGAAAUUUUUAAAUGGGAAUCCUGGGAACGUUGGUUCAGAACGGUAUCAUACCGUAUCAGUGGGGUUGUGUCUGCAAGGAAGUCAGCUAUUUUGGGCGACUAAACGCCAUAUUGGAUGAACUGCAGCAACUGUUUUUGUGGACUCCAAGUUUCAAGUUCAGUAUGAAUAAAAACAAAUCAUAUUUAGGACUUUAUUCGUGCUCUGUUGCGGCGUGGUUUUGGUUAUCCAGCAAAGAGCCCUCUUCGGAGAAAUGUGUGACAAAAUCCCCGACUGGAAGUGGUGGGGAGCAGGAUAAAUUUGCUGAAAAUAAAAGUAAACCCAAGGAGACUAGAGACAUUGCCGUGAAUACAAGCGAUGUUUUUACUAAUACUGGAAAGAAAGUUGCCUGGGACGACCAAAAAGAACUUGAAAGGGAAGAUAAGGAACAAUUUUCAACCCCUAACUUAGAAAGGCCAGACCCUUGUGAAACAUCAGAAGAACCGAUUACUAGUGGCUCUUCCACAGAAAAUCGAUGUUCUUCCCAAUUGGAAACUUCAGAGGAACAGCUUAGUUCACAGACUCCUCCGCCGGAGAUGGAAAUUUUGCAGGAUCCUCUACCAGAAUCCGUUCAGGUGUGCCCACGCUGCGGGAUGUUUCACACGAUAAGGCAACAUUAUCUGAUGUUCCCAUGGAGCAAUGUGGGGCACGUGAAAGUGGACGAUGUUGUAUUACCUACCGUGGACAAACAGCAGUCACACCUGAAACUAGCUGAAGGGAAGUCUUUCGUCGAUACAGUAAUCAACGAGGCAAUGAAGGAACAAGUCAUUAGCACAAAUAUUGACGAGCCUCUCUCUGAAAAGAGAACGACAACCUCUUCCCAAAAGUUUGAGCUAUCAUCGGGACGAAACUCGGUGCUUCAAACUCCAAACUCCAGGCAUCGUUCGGUGUUGAAACAACUAAAGACGAAGAAAGAGACACCUAUCGCCACAAAAAGAAGCCCUCGGGUGUCUUUCAACUUGGAUAAAAAAACCAGAGGGUAGAUGACCUGUAGAAUGCUGAGGUUCUCUCUCUCUCUCUCUGAAGACCGUGGAGAGAAUUUAUUUUAGAGUCAUACGUAGCAGUUAGUUUUCACUGAAUUAGUGUUAUGGUCAAAUUUAGCCCCUAUGAGGGCAAACAUAAAGUUGAAGAUAGUACCAAGCUCACUCAAUUUUUUUCGGAAAGGAUGCUGGCAUACAUUGAGAAACUGACCAGUAUCCCUUUAUUGACGGGUAGCAUAAACUACGGCGGUUACAAGGGCCCCAAAAGGUACCACCUUAUUUUUUGUUUAGGAGAUACAGUAUUGCUAUGGAAAAAGUGCCAUCGCACUUGUAACUAGUGGCAGAGUUGAACAAGAGUUUCCCAAGAAUAAUUGUAAUUUAUUUUACCAUUCCCUGUACCUAUUUUUUAAUUAGUGUUAAAAAUUCUAACUAACAAUUAUCCAAUCCAGUAUAUUUCCUCCUCCAAGUAACAAAUUUAGAU